GGAUGGAGUAAGUUCGAGGCAGCUACUUCGGGUUCAGAGGCUGAGGACGAGCAAGACAUCUUGGGUACGGGAGUAAGGCCCCGCUCUACUAACAGAUCUCACAGCGCUGCCACCACUUCUGGGUUCCUCUUGGUGGGCCAUCGUACCAAGGGUGGCAAAAGACCCAGCUGUGAGAGUGACGCGGCCCUCACUGCUCUGGGUCUAGGGGGUCUGGCUUCUCCCCGCUCUAGCGUCCAUACCGCUACCCCGAGGUCAUCCUUCCAGGUACCAGACUCCCCCUCACACUCAGUGCCGCGGGUUGGUGUGGUUAUCACCUCCUCCAGACAGUCUCAGCGCAGGAGCAGUAGUGCAUCUGCAGCAGCUGCCUUUGCUGUGGCCACGGCAGGCUCGAGCAACCCCAGGGAUAUCCCUAAGACGCCUCCCCUGGGCCGCUUCUCCGUGGGUGGGGAGGGGCGCCGCUCCUCUUUCAGGGAACGACCUCGUCAGGAGUCCAUCAUAUGCACCGCCGCCACCAUGCGAGUCCUCAAUGUGUUGCGCCACUGGGUAUCUAAACAUUCUCAGGACUUCGACUGUGACCCGCGGUUAAGGAACAUGACAAUAGAGUUCCUGGAGGACAUGGUAUGCUGUGCCACGCUACUGCCAGCCGAGCACAAGGCGGCGUCACAGCUGCUGCGGCUCCUCACCAAGGAAGAACCUCCCAACCCACAGGUGGAGCUGGCUACCCUCCUCGCUCCCUCCUCUACCCCAAGUAAGGAGAGCAUCGAGACACUAUCGGCUCUUGAAGUUGCAGAACAAAUGACAUACGUUGACCAUCAGAUUUUUGUGGCUAUUAGAAGCGAGGAGUUCCUCAAGACCGCCUGGAUGAAACCUGACAAGCAAAUUAAAGCCCCCAAUAUUCUCCUCAUCACCCGUCGCUUUAACGAGGUGUCACGCUUGGUGGCCUCUGAAGUGAUCCGCGGCGCUACUCUCGCUUCCCGCACCGCUGUCAUCGAGAAGUGGGUCGCCGUCGCUGAUAUCUGUCGCUGCCUCCACAAUUUCAAUGGCGUACUCCAGGUGUGCGCUGCCUUCCAGAAUUCAUCUGUAUUUCGCUUGAAGAAAACAUGGGAGAAAGUCUCAAAGACGACACGUCAGACCCUGGAGAAGCUGCAAGCGCUGGUGUCAUCGGAUGGAAGGUUCCGUAGCCUGCGUGACGCCCUCCACCGCUGUGACCCGCCCUGCAUCCCUUACCUGGGCAUAUACCUUACCGACCUUUCCUUCAUCGAGGAAGGCACACCCAAUUUUACAGAUGAGGGCCUUCUUAACUUCUCUAAGAUGAGGAUG